UACACGCUGCACAUGUUCAUCUGGAUUGUUCAUGCACACUUGCUUGUCAUACAUGUAUACUUAAUUACUCCAGUACUUUAGCUUUACUUUUACUUAGAUUACUUAACUUUCACCUUUUCUAUGUAUACUCAAUGUCACCUUUUCUAUAUUCAAUGCACAUGCAGAUCCUUAAUUACAUACAUGUACAUGUACCUGUACUUCAACACCAGCCUCAUGUAAUCAUCGUACGGUACGCUAGCAAUAACCCAAUUACCAUCACUGGUUACUUGUGAGUCUGUUCUGAGAAACUCUGCAGUACAAUGUGUGUGUGUGCAAGGUAACAAUUAAUCCUCUCCUCUGUCAUGUUUGUGAAAUGCUCAGAGAGAGGCUUGAUGUUGGUCUGGGCAUGGAGGAAGUAGAUCAAAAGUUAGGGUGAAAGCUGCAACUUCCUUUUGUAAUCAAGUUAAGCAAUGACUAAUCUGGUUUUCCUCACUAAUUGUUUCUUAUGAAGGGUUUCAUGGUAGGCCAUGUUGAAAUUAAAAGAUGUUGUGGAAGUCACGUUACAUGUAUGUGGACAUACCGGUACAUCAUGUACAUGUACAUGAACACGUAUGCAGAAUGAAAUGUGUUCUAUUAUUUACAGGUAUUGUGUUUUGUUUUGCAUGGGUAGCACCAUUAGUCAUCAAUGAACUGUUCUCCCCGGGGGCUUGGGUAAUUCCCUGACUACAUACGGCAGUUUGACAGUGAACUGACAUGCAGUCUUAUUUCAUAUUUCUAGGAUUAUGCUGUGGUACUGCACAAUGUAUCUCAUAUUUAGAACCAGCCCUGGGUGCAGAAAACUUGACCUUUCAAAUCAGAAAAAAUAUGCAUUGGCCAGAUUUAUUGUAAAAUGAAAUUGAUCACCCGAUGGAGUUUUUGCAGUGUCUUACAUAUUAUUAAAUACCGGUAUUUCUCGCCCCAAACUCAUCUCUUUGUCUCAAGCCUGUGUGAGGCUCUGCCUCAGGGCACUCAGUGUUGUCUACAUACAUUUACAUGUACAAUGAUUGGCCAUGAUGAAAUAGACCUGACUGCCUACAUUGUGCCUUUGUGCACAAGCAUGACAAGAUAAAUGGUAACCAUUGAAGUGUGAGGGUGUGUGGUCAAGACAUCUGCUACUAUACUUCAAAUCAAUGCAUCACAGAUGCUACCGGUACAUGUGUACCUCCAUGCACAUGAAGAAAGCCUCUGUGGGCGACAUGUCUUCAGUUAAAUCUCAUCACCAAUGAGUGACGAAAUGGAAGAGAGCCCUCCUGCUCCACCCAUGCGUUACACCAGCACCGGUGGGACGCUAAAAGGCGACGCCUCCAGCCCAGGAUCCAAGCCCCUCCCAAGCACACCCACAGAUGAUGAGAAAAAGAAGAGAAAAAUCAAGAUGCCCUGGCAAGGCAAAAAUGAAGACAAAUCCUCUAAGCAGCGGCCAGAGAUCAGUUACCCCACCAGCUUUGAACACACCGUGCAUGUCGGUUUUGAUAGCGUCACCGGAGAAUUCACGGGUAUGCCAGAGCAUUGGGCCAAGCUGUUGAUGUCUUCCCAGAUCACAAAGACAGAGCAGAAAAAGAACCCUCAGGCCGUCCUCGAUGCCCUCAAGUUUUACGAUGACAGCAACUCCAACAGAAAUGAGAAGUUCAUGACUCAACAGAAGGUCAUCCUGAGCAGUAACAACAAGGGAUCACUGGAAGACUCAUUUGAACAGACAUCACUCAAUGCAAAGCACCCCCCAAAAUCACAUGACGAUGAGGACGAGGAUGAUGACGAUGAGCCAGCACCAGCCAUUGCACCGAGGCCAGAACACACCAAGUCUAAGUAUUACUCCAGGAUUGAACCACCACCCCCCGAAGUUACCCCUGCCCCGGCCUCCCCUCCACCUGUGGCUACCACCAACAGUGCCGAGGGUAAUGUGCAGAGACCCAGAGAGAGGCAGAAGAAGAAGAAGAUGAGUGACGAAGAGAUCUUGGAGAAGCUGAGGCAGAUUGUAAGUGUUGGGGACCCCAAGAAGAAGUACACCAAGUGUGAGAAGAUUGGUCAAGGAGCAUCGGGAGUAGUGUACACAGCAAUUGAAGUUGGAACAGGCCAAGAGGUGGCUAUCAAGCAGAUGAACCUCCAGCAGCAACCCAAGAAAGAGCUGAUCAUCAACGAGAUCCUGGUCAUGCGAGAGAACAAGAACCCCAACAUCGUCAACUACCUGGACAGCUACCUGGUCGGGGACGAACUCUGGGUUGUUAUGGAGUUUUUGGCAGGAGGUUCUUUGACUGAUGUUGUUACUGAGACGUGCAUGGACGAGGGUCAGAUAGCAAGUGUUUGUAGAGAGUGCCUGCAAGCUCUGGAGUUUCUUCACCGCAAUCACGUCAUCCACAGAGAUAUCAAGAGUGACAAUAUUCUUCUCGGCAUGGACGGCGGUGUCAAACUCACCGACUUUGGGUUCUGCGCCCAAAUAACCCCCGAGCAGAGCAAGCGGACGACGAUGGUGGGCACCCCGUACUGGAUGGCCCCUGAGGUUGUCACCCGCAAGCAGUAUGGGCCCAAGGUGGACAUCUGGUCACUGGGCAUCAUGGCCAUCGAGAUGAUAGAAGGGGAGCCGCCCUACCUGAACGAGAACCCCCUCAGGGCACUGUACCUGAUUGCAACCAAUGGCACACCAGAGAUCCAGCACCCAGAGAGGUUGACAGCUGUCUUCAAGGACUUCCUCAGCAAAUGUCUAGAGACUGACGUUGACAAGCGGGUUGGUAGCAGUGAACUGCUGCAGCACCCCUUUCUGAAAAUGGCCAAGCCCCUUAAGAGUCUGGUGCCCCUAAUCAUGGCAGCCAAGGAAGCCAGCGCCCGCCACUAGUCUCCAGUAGCCGUCUCCACUGGUGCCUAGUCUCCUCCUCAAGUCUUGGUCCUUGGUAGCAGCUGGUGUGGUAUAUAAUUAUGAACAUGUAAGUUUUGUUAUCACUUGAUUGGAAGAUUCAAGAUGACCAGUUUGGAAUUCCCUCCCAAGUAUUUCUAGCAAGUCCAGGCAACUGACCUUUCUGAUACUGUUCUUGAUACCGAUUAUCUGGGGCAGAUUUGUACGUUAUUUUUUAUAACCUAUUUUACUGUUACAACUCCUUUGUUUUUAUCAGUAUAGCCCAACAAGUUUUUAAUCCAGAUUGUGUGGCCUUAGCGCCUGUAGCCAUAUCAAGUAUUUAACAGUGUACAAAAAUGGUGGUCUGUUUUAUCGGGGCUGGCAUGGCACUAUUCCUAGUGGUAGGGUGAAUUAACUUUUAGCUUGUCUUCCUUAUGUUGCCCUGUAAUAUGUUUCAUGAAAUGUCAAAGUUUCACUUGUGCAUUUUCAAGCUAGCACUGAACCUGACAGUGUCGUUUGAGUCCUCAUUAGCAGCUUGGGAAAUCCCAUGUCCAGGUACAAAAAAGUUGCCACUUUUCAAGAAAUGUUCAUUUUUUUCCUAUUCGUUUUAGAAUCCUUAAAGAAUAAUUUCCGAUUAGCACCCCCAUGCCUUUGUGCCGAGGAACCUAGCCAUGACCGGCAUUGUAUGUUGUGCACUAAGGUGCCUUGACUGGGCCUACACAAGAGUUUAAUCCCAGUCCAAACAAACUCUCCAUGGAUUGGGCUCCGUAGAUUUUUUAGAAUACGUAUGUCAUAAGCAGUGAUGCGUAAUACAUGUACAUUGAGGCCACUUUGAUUUGUACAUGUUUUGUGAGAGAAAGUAAGUUAAAGAGACAAACCUAUCUAAGCAACCUGAAUUGUUCAACUAGUUUGAUACACAUGCAUUUUGUAUAUGUUAAUUUGAUAUUUGUUAAGAAUUAUUGAAGGUCAUUAACCUAAACAAGGAAAGAUUGCACGGUGUAUUUAAUGAUAUGUACAUGUAAAUACCUACUGGUACAUGUAGAGUAGAGGCAUAUUACCUAAAGUGUAGGGCUUCAAUGCAAGGUAAAACCGUUUAUGCUCGCAACUAUUUGCAUGAGAUUAAGGCUAAACAGACUGUGGCACUUUGCAUACCCAAAUUCAUGGAAUGACCCUGUAGUGUAUGUGUACUUGUAUAUGGAUCAAUAGCACUACGUGGAUGCUUCAGAUCCGUGAAGUUACAUGUAGUACAUGUAGGUGUGUACAUAUUUGAUUUGGCAGGGGUGCACCAAGGAUUAUCAGAGGGGGGGGUGGGUUUCAAAUGCAGCGGCUUGGGACCCCCCUAUGGAUUUUGAGACUAGAGGGAUCCAGGGCGUGCUCCCCUGGGAAAAUUGUUAAGAAGGACAUCAAAUCCAACAAUCCGGUUCAUUUUGAAUGCCCCAAGUAUCUCGGGAUAGUUUUUGUUUGGUUUGUUUGUUUUUUUUUUUUCAGAGGAUUAGGAGAGGAUGGGACCAACCCCUAAUCCACCCCUAGGGACAGAUUCAGGGCCUUGCCAAGUCCUCUCCUUAUUGAUUCCUUAAUGGCUGUAGGUCUUUUUUCCAUGAAGCAGUUGGUUGGCUAUGUGUGGUCAGGGUCCACCUUGAGUCUUAUUUCUCCAUAGAGCUAGCUUUGUUUGUCUGGUAUGACCCAGAAGUACAUGUACAUGUUGUCACCAAACCAGUUGACAAUGCGCCACCAGGGACAGUUUUGCCAAUUUUUAGAUCUGCUGUACAGCUUUUUAUUGACUUUAUUUGAAAAGGAAAAAAAAACCUAAAGGAACCGUAGAUGUCACAAUUAAUGUAGUCGUAGAUAACUAAUUAUUUUUGUAAUUCUGAAAUUUAUCCUAUGGAUAGUAUUUUGCAAUGUCUACUGAAAAGUAAGAGUUGGAAUAAUUGGUGAUGUCAAUAGGUAUUUCUAAAUUUAUUUUGUGUUUUCCGCACAGUUAUGAACAAGGAUAGGUUUUUCUCGAUUUUUAUUGAUGGAAUGAUAAAUAGUGCAAGUGCAUUGUAGAGACCAGUUGGUCAGACGUUUACCAUGUUUACAGUUCUGAGAAUCUGCAAAUAUAUGCAAAGAUGGUACAUGUAGUGUAUUCCCCCCCCAAUCUCUGCCGAGUCAUCUACAAUCAUUCCCACCAACUAAGCGUUGCUUUGAAUUCAUGGACAGUGGAAGCUAUCAGAUUGCCAUCUCAGACAGCACUCAAAAGUGGUAAACCUUGAACAGAGUUGAAACUAAUAUGACUGUCGAAAAUUUAACUCCUCAUCGUUUGGCAGAUGACCUGGUUCAUUUGAAGUGCAUCGCUCAAACGUGUCUCCCACGUCUAUCUGUGGCGCUAUUGGGGACCAUUUAGGAAUGAGAUGAGUAUCGUAUCAACGUGGAUUAUUUCUUCCAACACGCUUAUUCCAUUUAGGACACUCCAAGUUCAUAUCCAACUCACUGGAUCCAACUUCAUUUCAAACAAAAAGGUUGAUGUGUGCAUACAUACACGUAGGUUUCUUUUCAAAAGCCGCAUGAAAAGGUAAAAAAUGAACACAUUAUCCAGGUUUUUUUACAACCGGCAUAUUUCCCAUACCGGCACUCCUAUAAUUUCCAUGGUCAACAGUUAACUGAAUACCACCCUGUAUGCGUAUCCCUCUCCAGGUGACGAAUAACCUAUUGUCUCAGUUGAGGCUGUGUGGGUGUAUGUAGCUUUUUGUGCGCCCCCACACCCAGCUGCACCUUAAUAAAUUGAGGUAUAUGUACAAAUGUGAAGAGAAAACAUAAUCAUCGCAACUUACAAGCCACCUAACUGUUCACCAUCGACUUUAGUGAAAAUAAGUAAUACACAAUCGUAUUUAUGUGUUCUAGUGAAUGCAAGCAAUAAGUUCAUUGGCUCGAAUGGAGCCAGUAAUCUGUAGCAAGUGUCUAUGUAUGUGUGAUAGAGACAGUUGAUGCUCACGCAUUGUUUCAUGGGAAGCAGAUUAAUCAGUCAUUGGGUAGAGAGAGAUUGCUCUUUGUAAAACACGUAUCGAAUCAACAUGGGAAAUGGUGCUGACAUCAAUACUUAAGUCUUUUAUGGAUGCUAUGAAGAUGAGGAUAAGAAGCAUGUAUAUAGAUGCAAAUUUACUAACUUAACGUGUUUUUAACAGGAUAUCCACAAUAAAUCACUUUGGAAACACA